AUGGCAGCCAUCAAGAAGCCCUCGUCCGAGAAGAAGCCCAAGGCCACCCCCAACACCAACCCCUUCGGCCUCACCACUCGUGAGAUCGAGAUCAUGAUCUGCGCGUGGAAGUGCCUCGACGAGGUGGGCAAGAUCGACAAGGAGCUCCUUGCCACCCUGACCAAUCUCGGCAACGGCGCCUCCGCCGGCCGCUCGUUCCGCAAGAUCAUGGCCACCAUCAAGGAGGCCAAGGUGGACCCCGCCCCCGGCACCCCAGGCACUCCCACCCCAGGCGGCAGCGGUGAUGGUGCCGCCGCCGCCGCCGCCGCCGUCGCGGCCGCCAACCCCGACUCCCCGUCCCUGCUCGCCUCCGACAAGAAGGGCAAGAAGAAGGCCGGGGCCGGCCGCAAGCGGGUCCUGAACGAGACGGAGGAGUCCCCCCACCACGGCAGUGGCAACGAGGAGGGCGUGAAAAAUGAGAGCGACGGUGCGGAGGAGAGGCCCAGGAAGAUCCCCAGGCUCGUCCUCGGACAGCCCGUCGUCACCCUCAAGAAGCUCGAGGCCGCUGAGGGCGGCGGCUCUGAGGAGCUGGAGGCUGGGGAGGCCUAG